AUGAUGAACUUCUUCGAUUGGAUCCUCACACCCUUCGGCAGCUCCCCUACACCAGAGUCGCAAAACCAUAUCUGGGAUCCGGAGACGGUGACCAUGCAGCAACCGACUGCCCCUGAAGCUCCUAGCACAAAAGUUCCCACUGCGGCGCCGGGAUCGACAGAAGUGAGCAUGCGAGGAGGUGGCGAGGCUGGAGAGGUUUGCUGUGGAGUGUAA